AUGAACCUAACCUACAUUCACACUCCCGAUUUUCUGAUCUCGGCGUAUCACGUGAUGACGUGUGUGGAAGUGCCCGUUCACAUGUUCGCCUUCUAUUGCAUCCUGUUCAAAACUCCGGCAUUCAUGAGAUCCGUCAAAUGGAGCAUGUGCAAUUUGCACUUUUGGAGCAUGUGCAUGGACGUGUCGAUCAGUCUGCUCACUGCUCCGUUUGUGCUCUAUCCGUCACUCGCCGGACUCACUCUCGGCAUUCUUAAGGAUUCUCCGGUGCCCACCACCAUUCAAGUCUACCUUAUCGUCGGGUUUUUCAACGGUAAAGACAUAUAAGUGAGAUUUCAAGUAGAAUGUUGCAUUUCAGCUGUCGAUGUGGCAUUCUUGACAAUAUUCGAAAACCGCUACAACCUCCUAUUCGCCCAAAAAUCCGAAUGGAGUCGCGUCCGAAUACCCUUUUUGGCCCUGAAUUACACGUUGGCAUUCGUCACCUUCAUCCCUUCCUACUUGAAAGUUCCCGAACAGUCCGAGGCGGUGAAACAUGUCUUCGAGGUGUGCAUUUAUAUGCCAUCUUGUUCUAAUGCUGUGUUACAGACGCUCCCGGAACUGCCAAGUUACCUGUAUACCGCUCCAAUCUUCGUGCUGGCUUCUGAUUUCAUGGAUGUCGUGUUGCCGGUCGUUUUCAUGAUUGUGUUAACGUCAACCGAGUCAUUUGUGAUCAUUCGGAAGAUUCAUUCGAACAUGAAUGUAAUGUCAAAGAGGAUAAGUCUCUCGAAGCACACUUUCCAACUGCACAAGCGGUUUUUGAUGGCUAUUUGUGUACAGGUCUGUUAA